GCAAGGCAGUCAAUCCCCCACACACGUUUGUUCUCCGACGAGCUGUCAACAGAAGGCACGAGCUCCGUUUGACAGACAGGCUACUUAAAUAAACUUGCUUUGAGUGAAGGGCGAUCCUCGACGGAUUUUCCUUCUUCAAAACGGGAUCGACUCGUCUCACUAUGACUCUGAGGUGAUCCUCAUAGUGUCCGGGUGGAUCUGGGGUCCAGGUUUGUGCCGUGAGAGAGCUCUUCUAGUCUGAAGGCUAGCCCUGGUCCUCGUGUCCUGGGUGUGCAGGUAAGCAGUUGUUGGUCUGGGCUGGACUCUGCUUCACCAUGGAGGACUUGAAGAUCAUCAACAAGGGGCUGGAGGACGAGAUGGAGAUUGGCGGGUACCGUCCGUGCCGCUGGAAGCUGGCUCUGGUGGGGGUGGGCGUGGUGUGCAGCGGGGGUUUCCUGCUGCUGCUGCUCUACUGGAUGCCCGAGUGGUGCGUCAAGGCCACCUGCUCUCGCACCACCGUCAAGGACGCAGACAUGGUGCUGCUGCGCUCCACUGACGAGUUCAAGCGCUGGUUCCUGGCCAAGGUGCGUGUGAUGCUGGCCCCUGGCAGGAACCCGUUUGACAACCUGGACUCUCAGACCACCUCGACCGCCGUGGCCAACGGCCACACCCCCCACAGCCCCAGCCCCCCCCAGGAGAUCAGACACAUCUACGCAGAGUACCAGCCCAUGCAGAUCCGCUAUUUCACUCUCCACAGCACAAAGUACUACUGGAGUGACACGGCCCAGAACUUCGUAGUGUUCACUGGCCUGGAGGAUCUGGAGGUGUCAUGCUCCGCCGUCCACUCGAAACACAGCACAGGCCUCUCCAGGAACCAGCAGGAGUACAGGAGAUUAUUCUUCGGAGUGAAUGAAAUUGCAGUGAAAGUGCCUUCCGUCUUCAAGCUGCUAAUUAAGGAGGUCCUCAACCCCUUCUACAUAUUCCAGCUCUUCAGUGUGAUCCUGUGGAGUGCGGAUGAGUACUACUACUAUGCGGCGGCCAUUGUCUUCAUGUCCGUCGUCUCCAUAGCUACCUCCCUCUACACCAUCAAAAAGCAAUACGUCAUGCUUCAUGACAUGGUGGCAGCUCACAGUAUUGUCCGAGUUUCUGUCAUCAGAGCCAAUAACGAAAUCGAGGAGGCCAUGUCGACUGACCUGGUCCCUGGCGACGUCAUGGUUAUCCCCAGCAACGGUACCAUCAUGCCCUGCGACGCAGUGUUGGUCAGCGGAACCUGCAUCGUCAACGAGAGCAUGCUCACAGGUGAGAGCGUGCCGGUCACCAAGACCAACCUGCCCAACCCGCGGCAGGGUGACAGAGGGGCGGGCGAUGAAGCUGACUCAGUGUUCUGCACGGAGGAGCACAAGAGACACACGCUCUUCUGUGGCACCCACGUCAUCCAGACGCGCUUCUACUCCGGCGAGCUGGUGAAGGCUGUGGUGGUCCGCACUGGUUUCGGCACAGCCAAGGGGCAGCUGGUGCGUUCCAUCCUCUACCCCAAGCCCACGGACUUCAAGCUGUACCGCGAUGCCUACCUCUUCCUGCUCUGCCUGGUGGCCGUGGCUGGCAUCGGAUUCAUCUACUCCAUCGCCCUCAGCAUCAUCAACAAGGUGCCAGCCAAGACCAUCAUCAUUGAGUCCCUGGACAUCAUCACCAUCACGGUUCCCCCUGCCCUCCCGGCGGCCAUGACGGCGGGCAUCGUCUACGCCCAGCGCCGCCUCAAGCACAUCGGCAUCUUCUGCAUCAGCCCCCAGCGCAUCAACAUCUGCGGACAACUCAACCUCGUCUGCUUCGACAAGACGGGGACUCUGACGGAGGAUGGCCUUGACCUGUGGGGAGUCCAGAGAGUGGAGAACAAAAGCUUCCUGCUGUCGGAGGAGAAUGCGUAUAAGGAAAGCCUGGUCAAGUCCCAGUUUGUGGCCUGCAUGGCUACCUGCCACUCCCUCACCAAGAUCGAGGGACAGCUCUCCGGCGACCCCCUGGACCUCAAGAUGUUCGAAGCCACCGGCUGGAUCCUGGAGGAGGCAACAGAGGAGGAGACGUCUCUCCAUAACCGCAUCAUGCCCACGGUGGUGCGGCCGCCAAAGCAGCUCCUUCCUGAGCCCAUCGUCUCCGAGCAGGAUAUGGAGCUGUAUGAGUUAUCGGAGACGGGCUAUGAGAUUGGUAUCGUGCGGCAGUUCCCCUUCUCCUCGGCACUCCAGCGGAUGAGCGUGGUGACACGGACGCUGGGGGAGAAGCGCAUGGAUGCCUUCCUCAAGGGAGCCCCAGAGGUGGUGGCCAGCCUGUGCAAGAAGGACACAGUGCCUGAGGACUUUGGCGAGGUGCUGGAGGAUUACACCAAGCAGGGUUUCAGGGUCAUCGCCCUGGCUCACCGGCGCCUCGAGUCCAAACUGACCUGGCACAAAGUCCAAAACGUCAACCGGGACCACAUUGAAGCGAAUAUGGAGUUUCUUGGGCUGAUCAUCAUGCAGAACAAACUGAAGCCAGAGACACCUGGGGUGCUGGAGGACCUCCGACGAGCCAACAUCCGCACCGUCAUGGUCACAGGUGACAACAUGCUGACGGCCAUAUCGGUGGCGCGGGACUGCGGGAUGAUCCCGCCCGAGGACCGGGUCAUCAUCGCCGACGCGCUGCCCCCCAAGGACGGCCAGGCGGCCAAGAUCAACUGGCGCUACGCCGACAACCCCACCAAGACCUCCUCUGUCAAGGCCACGCGGCUGGAGGAGGUGGAGAUCAGUCUGGAGGACGUGACUGAGGGAGAUGACGGGGCCAAGCAGCCGGAGCGCUACCACUUCGCCAUGAGUGGUAAAGCCUUCGCUGUCAUCACCGAGCACUUCCAGGACCUGCUGCAGAAGCUGGUGCUCCACGGCACGGUGUUUGCCCGUAUGGCUCCGGACCAGAAGACCCAGCUCAUAGAGGUGCUGCAGAGCGUCGAUUACUUUGUGGGGAUGUGUGGUGACGGUGCAAACGACUGUGGUGCCCUGAAGCGAGCCCAUGGGGGCAUCUCCCUGUCGGAGCUGGAGGCGUCAGUAGCCUCCCCCUUCACCUCCCGAACCCCCAAUAUCUCCUGUGUGCCCAACCUCAUCAGGGAAGGCCGUGCUGCCCUCAUCACCUCCUUCUGUGUCUUCAAGUUCAUGGCCCUCUACAGCAUCAUCCAGUACAUCAGCGUCACCCUGCUCUACUCCAUCCUCAGCAACUUGGGAGACUUCCAGUUCCUCUUCAUCGACAUCGCCAUCAUCCUCCUGGUUGUCUUCACCAUGAGUCUGAACCCGGCGUGGAAGGAGCUGGUCCCGCGGCGGCCCCCGUCGGGCCUGAUCUCGGGCCCACUGCUCUUCUCGGUGCUGACCCAGAUCCUCAUCUGCCUGGGCUUCCAGACCCUGGCCUUCCUCUGGGUCCGCAAGCAGAGCUGGUGGGAGGAGUGGACGCCACUGUCCGAUGCAUGCAACGUGUCCGCUUCCAGCAACAUGUCUCUGGACCUGAACGAGACGGAGCUGGACGACCACUACAUCAAGAACUACGAGAACACUACGCUCUUCUACAUCUCCUCCUUCCAGUACCUCAUCGUGGCCAUCGUCUUCUCCAAGGGGAAGCCCUUCCGACAGCCCAGCUACAAGAACUGGCCCUUCGUGUUGUCUGCGUGCAGCCUGUAUGCCUUCCUCCUCUUCAUCCUCUUCCACCCCAUCACUGCCAUCGAUGACUUCUUGGAGAUUGUGUGUGUCCCGUUCCAGUGGCGCCUUACCAUUUUGUUCAUCGUCUUUGUCAACGCUGCUGUCUGUAUCGUGGUGGAGACCCUCGUCCUUGACGUCGUCUUAUGGAAGCUUGUGUUCAGCCGAGACAAGCAGGGCAGCUACGCCACAAGCCCUGCCAGCCCGCCAGCACAGGGCAGCAUUGACCUGUGGGGUUGUGGCUGUCUGCUCUCUCUGUGUGGCCGGCGUAAGACGGUGCCCAAGGCACGCUACAUGCACCUGGCUCAGGAGGUCAGCGUGGACCCCGAUUGGCCUCCCAAACCCAAAACCACCACCGAGGCCAAACCCCCACCGCCGGCACCGUGCCCCUCCAGCACGGGCCCGACGCGGCCCGAAAACGGCUCCUACCGCAUCAUCACAGCAUCCUAGCAAACAGCCAUGCCUCCUCCUCCCCCCUCAGCAUCCCCGCACCACCUCACCUCCUGUGCCCCCAGACUAUUACAGAUUGUCGCGUUAUGCCUCCGACUCCCCCAAACGCUCUGUUGCCUCCUACUGACAAUGGGACCAGAGCAGCAGACACAAGCGUGUUGUUGGAACGUGAUGAAACAAACAAUGUUCUUGAAACGGACGGAACAAAAAGGACAAAAAUACAAAAGCCCAAGUUGAUUUUGGGGUUAGAAACGAAAGAUACAGCAACAACAAUUACAACAGCAACAACAAUAGAACUCAACUGGUGACAGAGUUAUUCUUCCUUCUCUGAUAUCUGCAGCUUAAGGCGUUUGAGUCAGGAAGUGGCUGCGUGUUUUUGUUUUGUUUUUUUGGCCAUUCUUUUUUUGUUUGUUUGUUUGUUUGUUUGUUUGUUUUUGUUUAUUUGUUUGUUUUAGGUUGAGCACAGACCCUGGGUGUAAUCCCUGUGGCUGGUACUGUAGAGGUGUGCCCCAGGGCUGUGGACUGCGGGUCAGCCGGAGUCAGUGCACCAACAGACAAAAGCCUGAAGAGGCCUCACAGCACAGGCAGUCACAGUGUUUAUUCCCCUUCAGCCUUUUUUUGUUUUGUUUUUCUCACUUUAAAAUAUUUUUCUCUUUCUUUCUUCUUUUUUUUUGGUUAAUCAAAACUUUUUCUGUUGUUUUUUUUAUCGAAUGAAUACGGAACAGUCUGUGCUUCUAUGCAGCGCACUUUCCUGGUUUUACACAACCCAAACGCUCCGGUCUUUCUUUCUCUCUCUCUCUCUCCCCACCCUUCCUUCAGUGGUGAAGCCAUUCUUAACACGUUAUCAGUCGUUCUGAUGCAAUUGCUGAAAGCCUGUCAUCAUAUUGAGGCUAUUGUAUAGCGGCUGCAUGCCAAAGGUUUUGCAUUCACAGCAACUAACUCAUGCAUGUACUAAAGAAAAAUCCACAAGUUAGGAAAAGACAAAAUACACCUUGAUGGAUCUGCAAGCCAGUCAUUUUUCCACGUAUAUAUUGAUUGAUUCUUAUGACAUUGUUUGUUUUGUUUAUUUCUUCCCAUGGAAGAACUUAUCGAGUUAUACCGUAAUGAUGCAAAUGAAAACCAGACAUUGUGAAAAAAAAAACAUGUUCCCAAUUGUCAUGUGUGUGCUUUAUUUUCUCACACAUGCACAAAAAAACACACAUUGGCUGGGUUUGCUACUGAGAAGGUGGGAACAUUCAGUAGAGCUGGACUCUUCAGAGUGAGAACAGGUGAGAAGAUCAUGCCCACCUGCACUAUGCUGGGGGAGGGGCCUAGGAGGUCUGCUUAAAGCCACAUUACACCAUUUCUGGAAAUGUGGUCAUUCUCCCCACCUCCCCUCAAGUUAAAUAACUAACCUUAACCUUUAUCUCCCCAGUUAAUCCAGAUGUUCUAUGAGUCUGGCAGGCAACUUGUACCUCCAAGCUAGCAUACUGUAUGUUCAAUGGCAACAUGUUAGCUUGGAACCAGGAGUAUUAUCACAGGAGAACAACUGGAAGAACAGGAGAAGG